AUGGAGGCCAUCUACCAGAUCUCCGAUCAACCUAUCAAUCAGCCUACCAAUAAGCCUACCAAUCAGCCUACCGAUCAGACCCCUCGUCAUAAGGCCUCUCGAGAUCAACGCAUCGCAGCGCAUAAGAGGCCCACACCUCGUAAGACCUGUGGCCGAGCUCGAAAGCUAUCUGAGGAGCAACUUGAUGAGAUUAUCGAUUUCAUCUCAUCUUCGAAAGAAACACGACGUUUACCCUAUAACCAAGUUAUACAAGAACUACAACUCUCUAUUAGUGUUGAGACCUUACGAAGGGCUCUUGCUAAACGUGGAUAUCAUCGAUGUAAUGCUCUUCGCAAGCAUCCUUUAUCUGAUCGCACACGAGCUUUACGGCUAAACUGGGCGUUAGAACAUGUGAACUGGACCUAUGAACAAUGGAAAAUGAUCUUAUGGACUGAUGAGACCUGGGCUACAUCAAUCUAUCAUCGACGGAUCUAUGUGACCCCUAGAUCUGGGGAGGAAUUUGAUGAUACUUGUGUGAGAGCGCGUGUCUCUUGUGCUCCUGGAUGGAUGUUUUGGGGGUCUUUUAUUGGUGAUGAGAAGGGCCCUUGUCUAUUCUGGGAGAAGGAAUGA